AUGGAUGACUACCCUUACCUUACGAGGCAUGACUGUGGUGACUUUAACUGUGUAUCGGACUAUCGAAGUACUCGUCUGAAAGGGCUUAAUUCCUCUCUCCGAAAUCAGAAGAGGAUAUCCACGCUACAUGUUGACAAUGACUUUGAUCCAAAGGGUAAUCUUGGAGAUGAUUAUCUUUGCGAAUGUGAGGCUGUUCUUGAUAAAUUCCUGAACUGGAACGAGCAUGAGCAACUCGAUAUUAUGGAGCGGAUCCUGAGUAAAAUGAGCCACAAUCAAUUGUUUGUCAUGCAGAGAUUUAUUCAGCCGAUGUUACAACGUGACUUCAUUGCUCUAUUACCUCAACAUUUGGCUGAGAUGAUCCUAUCUAAUCUCGACGCGCGAACCCUGGCUGCUUGUGAAGCUGUCAGUACGAACUGGCGAAGCGUAUUGGCAAGGGGUCAGUUGUGGCGCAAACUGAUAGAACGUAAUGUUCGUAAGGACAACAUGUGGCGUGGUUUAAGCGAGAAGAAGAAGUGGCGAAAGUACAUCCUGGUCAGUAGAGAUUGCGCUGCGUGCGCAAUUUGCGACUACUAUCGUGUGAAAUACGAGCGAUUGCGAGGUACUACGGAAAUGGUCAUGAUGCAGCAUCGGUUUUACAGGGAAUUGUUCCCAAAAGUGGUUGCUGACAUUGAUAAAAUUGAGUCUAACUGGCGCAAAGGAGUUUACAAGCUGAGCAGUAUUAAUUGUCGGUCAGAGAACAGUAAAGGUGUAUACUGUUUACAAUACGAUGAUGAAAAGAUUGUGUCGGGAUUGCGUGACAACGUCAUCAAGGUUUGGAAUCGAGCAGAUUUGAGUUGUGAACGGGUACUGUCUGGUCAUACGGGUUCCGUAUUGUGUCUUCAAUACGAUGAAAGAGUAAUUAUAUCGGGUUCCUCUGACGCCACAGUCCGUGUUUGGGACGUCGCGACUGGAGAGUGUUUGAAUACAUUAAUUCAUCACUGUGAAGCCGUGCUUCACUUGAGAUUUAACGAUGGAAUCAUGGUUACCUGCUCAAAAGAUCGCUCGAUUGCGGUGUGGGAUAUGGUGUCACCGCGAGAAAUCAAUCUUCGACGGGUACUGGUUGGUCAUCGCGCAGCGGUAAAUGUCGUCGAUUUCGAUGAUCGUUACAUUGUCAGUGCAUCCGGGGACCGAACCAUCAAGGUAUGGUCUGCUGAUAAUCUGGAAUUCGUCAGGACUCUUUCCGGUCACAAACGUGGCAUAGCAUGUUUACAAUAUCGAGGGAGGCUUGUCGUAUCUGGAUCAAGCGAUAACUCCAUCAGAUUAUGGGAUAUUCAUUCUGGUGUUUGUUUGCGAGUGCUGGAAGGACACGAAGAGUUGGUGCGCUGUAUUCGGUUCGAUGACAAGCGCAUUGUUUCCGGAGCCUACGAUGGUAAAAUUCGUGUGUGGGAUCUCGAAGCGGCGCUUGAUCCUCGUUCAUCGCCAAGCUCACUAUGCCUUAGUACUCUUGUGCAACACACGGGCCGCGUGUUUCGUCUGCAGUUCGAUGAUUUUCAAAUUGUCAGCAGUUCUCAUGACGACACUAUCCUCAUCUGGGACUUCCUUGUUGAACCGGAUGUGCCGCCAUCACCUCCGACCACUUCCACUGAUCCGCUAUUGGAGCCUUCAUUGGGCUCGGCGGCAAUUCCUUCAAGCUCUACCGAACGAACUACUGCUACUACUGACGGUACCAGUCCUCCAGGGAGCCCUAAGCUACCGAUGCAUUCUUAUCCCGGUCCGAGCACCUCUUAUGGGGCUUUGUUUGAGCCCUACAUGGAUAAUGAUGCAGUUGGAGCGGCGCUACGACAAUAUGAAGCGAACCUGCCAACAAGCUCUGGCGCGGCGAACGGUGUUGUAGAGCAACCAAACGAACCAAUACAAGUCGACUCAUCAUCGGAUGACGAGGAGGCAUUAGAAGUUGUUGCAGGUGCAGGAAAUCGGCAGGUUGGCCGAGCUCCACCUGCUAGUCCUGAACCAUAUGGCAGAGGUGUAUGA